AAGAUGGCGCGCUAGUCAAACAACCAAGAAAGUUUUCGUCUGUAUUUGUGUGGGAUCGUAGCGUAGUUUGUCGCCAAGGUUUGCGCGAUGUUGUCAGUAAGAACGCUGUGUAAGAGACUGGGGUACAGGCUGGGGAGAAGAAGUGCCUCCACCGCUGCACAACCGGAGCUGAAGACGGAGUAUGAUGCCAUAAUUGUGGGAGGAGGUCACAAUGGCCUUGUUGCGGCAGCCUACCUGCAGAGAUCUGGUAUAAACACGGUGGUGUUAGAGAGGAGACACGUGAUUGGUGGAGCUGCUGUCACAGAGGAGUUAGUACCAGGAUACAAGUUUUCCCGAGCUUCCUAUGUUCUCAGUCUUCUGAGGCCAAAGAUCAUCAGUGAACUAGAACUCAAGAGACACGGUCUGAAGGUGUACCUGAGGGACCCCAACUCCUUCACCCCCCUGCUGGAGCCGGAUGGUACAGGCCAGUACCGGUCCCUGCUGCUGGGAAGAGACCUGAGGGAGAACCAGAGACAGAUCGCACAGUUCUCACACAGGGACGCAGAGAUAUUCCCGGAGUAUGAGCACACCAUGAGCAGGAUAGGAGAGGCUAUAGAACCCCUGCUGGACAACGCCCCUCUGGACCUGCAGAGACUCAGCCACGGCUCCAGACUGGACAAGAUGAGGGCACUGAUGACGGCAAAACCACUCGCUGAUGCUGCGAAGGCUCUGGGUAGUGACCUGAAUGCCUUCAUUGAGUUGCUGACUGCACCUGCCAACAAGAUGUUGGAUAAGUGGUUUGAGUCGGAGCCCCUGAAGGCAACGUUGGCCACAGAUGCAGUGAUAGGAGCCAUGCUGACGCCUAACACUCCUGGCAGUGGGUAUGUUCUCCUUCACCAUGUGAUGGGAGAGUUGGAGGGAGUGAAGGGUGCGUGGGGUUACGUGGAGGGAGGGAUGGGGGCCGUGUCACAGGCCAUCGCUAACUCAGCUCAGGAGCAGGGCGCAACUGUGCUGACAGAGAAGCCUGUUAGUUCUAUACUGGUGAAUGGUUCAGGGGAAGCUUGUGGAGUGGUGUUGGAGGAUGGCACAGAGAUCAAGGCUACCAUGCAGAUAGUCAUGUCUAACGCCACACCAAAAGUCACCUAUCUGGACCUGGUCUCCAAGGAUCUUCUUCCUGCAGACUUUUUGUCGGAGGUGUCACAUGUGGACUACAAGUCUCCGGUUACCAAAAUCAAUGUUGCAGUCAACCAGCUCCCGAACUUCAAGGCAGCGCCGAACACUGCCGACAACACCCCCCUCCCUCACCACAGGUGCACCAUCCACCUCAACUGUGAGGACUCUGCUCUCAUCGACGACGCUUACCACGAUGCAGUGGUGCAUGGGAUACCUUCAAAGAAGCCGGUUAUAGAGAUGUGCAUCCCUUCCUCCCUGGACCCUACCAUUGCUCCAGCGGGGUGCCACGUGGUCACCCUGUUCACCCAGUACACACCGUAUCACAGGAAGGAUGGUAGGGAGUGGGACGAUCAGGCCAGGAAUGAGUACGCUGACAGAGUUUUUGACAACAUUGAAGACUAUGCCCCGGGAUUUAAGGCCAGUGUGGUGGGGAGAGACAUCCUGACUCCUCCUGACUUGGAGAAGACGUUUGGCCUCACUGGUGGGAACAUCUUCCAUGGUGCGAUGUCUCUGGACCAGCUGUACCAGUCUCGCCCCGUGCCCAGCUUCGGCAACCACCGAUGUCCCAUCAAGGGUCUGUACCUGUGUGGCAGUGGCGCACACCCGGGGGGAGGGGUGAUGGGAGCAGCAGGGAAGAACGCUGCAACUGUGGCUCUUGCUGAUCUCAGAAGAUGAAGCCCUUUUUAAUAUAGCGUAAAUUGGGAAACUUUUGCGGUGAUUUUAUUUUCCAGUAGGAGGGAAAGGAAAAUUUUUUCACUGUUUUAAAUUUGUGGUUGAAAGUCUU